AGAAUUGCAUGCACUCUAACACCCUUCAUUUCACACCCGUGCGUAUUUGCGUUAUACUCAUCGGUGAAAGCUGUAUAACGCUUCAAUACCCACUCUCUUCUACCAUUCUCAACAAUCCCUAAUCUUCAAGGUCAGGAGCCCUACAUGUUCUGCAAUAUAAUCAGUCUUAAUCACAAAUGGGCUGCUUGUGUUGUUGCUUUGCUGUUUGAGCAGUCACUGGCUUACAUUUUUUCAUGCCAGCUAAAAUACUUGGAGUUGGCUGUUUAAAUAUAUAUAAUUGCAUUACACAUAUUGCAUUGCUGAUGAUAAUAUGAUAUCAAUACAAACAUGAACAGUUAUUUAUGCAUGUGUAAGGGUUUGUGCUUAUGCACUAUGGAGGAGGGUUAUAAAAAAAAAGAGUUAUUUACUCUUGUUUUCAAGUUUCAAGGUGUGAUUUAACUCUAGUUAAUUGGGAUUGUUUGGGAAUUUCAAAUUGUCAUGAUAUCAUCUACUAUGGUGAUAAGUUGGUGCAGGAGCUGUAUGGUUAAUCCCUCAUAGGAUGGGCUUGGGACACAUCACAGCAGUACUGACACCUCCGCCUUAUAAGAAUGCUUUUAGGAGUGGUUAUACUCUUCACAUCAAAUGGUACCAGUGCCUUGUUUGCCUAAUUGCACGCGUGGAUGAGCCUCUCUUUCCAGCCCGUCAGGGUUGAUGGAGGAGUUACUGACUGGGUGUGCAACACAACUCCCAUCUAAUGUUGCUGUUACCAGUGUAUUGUGUGGUCUGUGGAGAAUGGGAAGUAACAGUGUUGAAAAGAUCCCUAUCAAUAACAGCACUGGAGGUUCAGAAACCACUAUUGAGAUAAAGAUCAAAACACUGGAUUCACAAACCUAUACCCUCAAAGUGGAUAAACAGAUGCCAGUCCCUGCUCUGAAAGAACAGAUUGCUUCUGUAACUGGAGUGUUAUCAGAACAGCAGCGCUUAAUUUGCCAAGGGAAAGUUCUAAAGGACGAUCAACUAUUGUCUGCCUACCAUGUUGAAGAUGGUCACACACUCCAUCUGGUUGUGAGGCAUCCUGAUCUGCCACCUCCAGGAAGUCUGCCCAAUCAUUCAGUGACUGAGCCAAACUCAAGCACAAGCCAUGGUCACAGUACUCAAGUCGCUCCGGGUGUUUUCAUUGAAACUUUCAAUGUACCUGUUCAGGGUGAUGGAGUUCCACCUGAAAUAAAUAGGAUUGUUUCUGCUGUUCUAGGCUCUAUUGCUGGACUUCCAAAUUUUGCAAGUGGCGGUGAAGGGAUUGUUGUCAGGGAUAAUGAUUCCCAAGGCCUUGGAAGAACUUCAGAUUCUAGUGGAAUAUCAGAUCCGUUACGUCCAAUACUUGAUCAAACUGGUUUACGGAGUUUGACAGAUAGAUUACGGAAUACUUUUGGAGUAUCAGCAUCAGGUUCUCUAGGGUCUUUGCAGCCUCCUGUCAUUCCUGAUUCUUUGACAACUUUGUCCCAGUACCUAAGUCAUAUGGGCCAUGAAUUUGAUACAAUUGUAAGAGAAGUCAGAGAAGGGGGGAAUAAUGCCCAAGCAGCUGAGGCUCGUAGUAAUGAAGAAAUGGGAUCUGCUUCUUCACAUUUGGGUUCAACACCAGCAAAUCUUUCAUCACCCGCAUCCUUGGCAGAAGUCUUGCUUUCUACCAGACGAAUGAUCAUUGAACAAGCUGGGGAGUGCAUACUUCAACUGGCAAGACAACUGGAGAAUCAAUCAGAUGUAACUGAUGCUUCGUCGCGAUCUAGCUUUCAAUCUAGGGCUAUGAGAACUGGAACAUUGUUUUAUAACCUUGGUGCAUUUUUACUUGAGCUUGGUCGUACAACCAUGACAUUGCGUUUGGGUCAAACACCGUCUGAAGCUGUAGUCAAUGGUGGACCUGCAGUUUUUAUAUCACCUACUGGUCCUAAUCAUAUCAUGGUUCAGCCUCUUCCUUUUCAACCUGGAGCGAGCUUUGGUGCUGUCCCUGUAGGAGCUGCACAGUCUGACUCAAGUUUAGGUUCUGGACUUGGCUCAAAUUUUUUCCCAAGGCGUAUCGAUAUACAGAUAAGACGAGGCACUUCAACAACCACACCCAAUGCCAAUCAAGAUGACCGUGGGGAUACACAAUCUGCUUCAGUACAAAGAAAUCCAGCUGAAAGUUCUGCUAGUCAAGCAACGUCUAGGCGACCAGAUGCAUCUAUUGCCGGAGAGCCAGCAAUAAGGAUAGUGCCAAUAAGAACUAUGGUUGCAGCAGUACCUGCUCCCUUGGGUCGUCCUUCUUCAGAACCAUCUGGUAAUUCUACAGGGCUUUACCAUCCAGUUCUUGGGAGAUUUCAACGUUUAACUACAGGGCAGGCAAAUAGUGAACAAGGAUCUCAAUCAGCAAGUCAGCAUCGUGCAGCACAACAUUCAACUCCUGAAUCCAUGUUGGAAAGGCAAAGCGCGGAAGAGACUGCAAGGAAUGGUACCUCAUCAACUCCAAACACGAGACAAGAGCCAUCUAAUUCACGUGUUGUAAAUAUCAAUAUUCUGUCAGCUGGUGGGGCCCAAAACAACCAAGAAUCUGAUAGACAGAUACCAAGCAGUGUACUUCAGUUUUUAAGAACACUCUUUCCUGGGGGAGAAAUUCACGUGGAGGAUUCAAGCUUACAAGGAGCAAAUGUGGGUUCCACCUCAGCGAAUGCUGCAACAUCAAGGAGUUCUCCCCAAGUCCCUGAUGCUGCACCUCCUGUUAGUGAUGAAGGAUUAUUUUUGUCUAAUGUACUCCGUGAGAUCAUGCCGGUCAUAUCUCAACGUGUAGGGUCUGAGAGAAAUCCUUCUGAAGAUCAAACAGCUCAAGAUUCGUCAACUCAGGUUGAAACAAAUGCUGGGACAUCACGCAGACGCAGUGGUUCUGAACCAAACCCUCCAGAUGCAAAACGCCAAAAGAUGGAAUGAUAUUGAUUGUGUACAAAAUGUGGCUGUUGAAGAUUGUGGUCAUAAGAAUCCGACUUCAGGGUGGUUCUCUUAAUGUCAAAUUAGAUAUCCAUGACAAGCAUGAUUUCACUUUCUCCAGCUGUAGACAAUUUUUAAGAAUACUGAUAUUGAACCGAGACAUAUUGCUAUGCAAUAUUGGGAUUGGAAUUAAGCUUUUUUAUGCCGAGUUUUGAUUAAUGGUUAUAUAAUUAUUAAUUAUUGGAAAGUUCGAAUUGAGAUGACAUCAUAUAAAUUUCCUUGUUUUCUUUAAAACUAUAAACUAAUUUUUUUUGUUGUGAA